GCACAUAUUAUUGAGCUACAAAGUGCGACUCACAUGGCUUUCACUGCAUAGGAUUAUCUAUGGAGCCCUAGGAUGGAAGCGCCGACGCAAAGAAUCUGUCGCGUGUGCGCGCGGCAGUAUGCGCGCUACACCUGCCCCCGUUGCAACAUUGGGUAUUGCUCACUGCCGUGCUACAAGCAGCAUGGCGAGCACUGCACGGAGUCUUUCUACAAGGAGCAGGCGGUGGGUGAGCUGGUGUCCGUUCGUGCCGGCGACGAGCAGCGCCGGGCAAUGCUAGACAUUCUGAGGCGGCAGCAGCAGGCGGCGGAGGAGGAUGAGUCGGCGCAGCGGCCGCUGCUCGAGGCAGCAAUGCGGGGCUUGGACCUGGGCGGGGCGUUGCUGGGGCCUGGGGCAGGAGAGGAUGGGGAGGAGGAAGAGGGAGAGGAGGAGGAAGGAGAGGAGGAGGAGGAGGGAGAGGGAGAGGAGGAGGAGGGAGAGGAGCAUGAGGCAGGGGGGGAAGGGGCGGGCGGAGGCGGCAGAGGCGAGGCCAUGCUGGCGGCUCUGGCGGGCGUGCUGGCACCUGACACACUGGAGCGACUGCUGCACAAGGCUGCCUCUCACGCAUCGGAGGAGGAGUGGGACGUGGAGGAGGCGGAUCUCAGUCCAGAGGAGUGGACAGCCUUCCAGCGCGCAGUGGCGCUGGGGCAGCUGAGUAGCGCUGGCGGCAGCACCCGCGGUGGCGGUGGCGGAGGCGGCGGCGGCGCGGCAGGGCAGUGGUGGCAGCCAUGGUGGUCGACACCGGAGGCCCGAGACCUCUCCCUCUCAGCCACGGGCCAGCGGCUUGUGGCGCCGUUGCCUUCUGACGAGCCCCAGACCAACACAAACUCCGGCACCGGCAAUGCCAGUAGUACUCGUGCUGUAAGUGCCAGUGGCGGUGGCGGUGGCGGCGCCGUCAGCUGCCUGCCGGAGCCGCCGGCGGCGCCGCUGCCGCGCCUGGCGGCGCUAACGCGGGCGCCGCCGUCGCCGCUGCUGGCGUGGCACGUGACCGAGGUGCUGUACAGCUACUGCCACCUGAUGCGGCGGGCCGGCGGCGACUGGGCGCGUGGCGGCGAUGGCGGCGUGGCGGCGGCAGCGGCGGCGCUGCUGACCCUCACUGACGUGUUGGCGGCGGUGCAGCCGCCGCGCCGCCGCGCCGCUGCCGGCACCGGAACCAAGGCGGCGGCGGCGGCGGCCGCUGGAGCAGGUGCAGGUGCAAGGAGAGGCGGCGGCGGCGGGCCAGCGAAGCCGGGGAGAGGCGCACGGGCUGCGGCGGUGGAUGACGAACAGGAGGAAGAGGACGGGGAGGGCGCUCCCGCUCCGCGGCUGCCGCAGACGGCGGCGGAGGCGUGCCUGCACGUACUGGAGCGGGCGUGUGCGCCGCCCGUGGGCUCCAGCCGGGACCGUGGCUACGCCGUGUCAGUGCUGUACGACGUGGUCACACUUUUAGACAACGGCCGCCCCAGUGUACUGCUGGCGCUGGAGGACGCGCGGCGGUUACUGCUGGCGGCGGCGGCUGGCGGCGGCGGCGGCGGUGCGGCCGCGGCGGCGGCGGCCGACGGCUCGCACCCAGCCGCGGACCCAGGGCCGGGCAACAGCAGCAGCGGUCGCUCGGGUCCGGCAGCGGGAAGCGGCGGCGGCGGGAGAGGCGGGGGCCCGCUCAGCUCGGGUCCCGGUGGACCUCGGUGGCCCAUUGGGCAACUGGCGGCGUCGGAGCUUGGUGGGUUAAAUAAGCACGAGCGGCGGCGGCUGGCGGCGGCGGAGCGGAAGUUGUAUUUCUUCCAGGUUUGGGCAAACGAGCAGCCGCAUGAGGCUUAUCAGGCGGUGACCCAGGCGGUGGCGGCGGAGUGGCAGCUCAUGCACGCGCCCGUGGUGGCCGGGGGCCACCCGCCGUUGGGGGUAGCAGGAGCAGGAGCAGGGGCAGGAGGGAGAGGUGGCGGCGGCGCGGCGGGGAUUGGCGGUGUAGGGCUGGGGACUGUUGCUGGGGCAUCAGGCGAGGCGUCUGGCGGCGGGGGGCCAAAUUGGCGCCCGGGAGACGUGCGCGUACAAUGAGUGCUGCCGGUACUAGCUCGGGGAUUUGAAUGUGUUUACAUGUUGGGCUGCGUGCCUGGCACGUAUGGCCAGAUGUGUGGACCCCGCUGUCGAGUGUGAGACGCGAUAUGGCGCGGUGGCGAUGCGGUGCGUGGCACGCGUGAUGAUUGAGGCAUGGGUGCUAGGAAUGCAUGAUAGUUAGCUGCAUGCCUGGUAACUACGUCAGGUGCGGCAGGCGUUCAGUGCUAGCUGCUGUAACCUGUAGACGUGCGUGCGUGCGGACACGUGUAUUUCGCGGCAUGCUGCACUUGUGCACUAGCUGCUGCGUGCUUUGCUGUGCCGACAUCAACCACACAGCAGCCAAGGCCCACACCAAGUCAGCAGGCCAAGCAACAUGACGGGCCCUGAACUUUGGGCCCACAUCACUUCGCAGUUCCUACCGCGUUUGGUUGAUUGCUGGAAUGCUGGCUGUGCUGUUGCUUGGUAGCGGGGCACACCUUGACACAUGGCGGGCUGUGCCUGUACGAAUGAACCGACCCCGGCUAUGUCCGGGACGAGAUGAGGCAGGCGCUUGCUUGCGGCUAGAGACGUGGCGUGCGCUCAGCCUACUUUUCCCAUGCGAGGGGAACACAUAUUUCUUGUUUCAGUUGUGGUUCCGGCUUGUUUCCCUUUCUCUGUUGCGGAAAGUUGCCGGGAAUCCUGGUCGAGGCCCCGGGAAGCGUGCAUGCCGUGUGUGUAACUGCGGCGGGCUGCGGGGGUUGCCCGCCGUGCGCUGCCCAGCCAUCGCCCUGCGGCGUCGGCUCGUCUGCUGUUGGGGGGCCUUGAGCGUUGUUGUUAGUUGGCUGCCGCCGUUUCGGUUUCGGUGUUCGCUGCUUUUCGUUGGCGUGUGGCGGUGGCGGUGGCUGUGCUGCGGCGUGCGCACGCUGGCGUGCGCGGUGCGCUCACUUGCGGAUGUGAGCUGUCUGCUGCAGUCUGCAGUGCAAGUCCCCUUAGCUGUUCAUCCCGGCUCCAACAGCCCUAAAUAUC